UUUCCAUUGCGUAGUUGUGGCUUUAGUUACUGUGACUGUUUUCCAAUUUGAGGAAUUUCGGUCUCUCUCGAAUGGGCUCAUACCUUCGGUAUGACAACAUGACAGUAUCACAUUGGUGAAUUUUAACUGCCCCUGUCUCUGUGCAUCCCUUCCACCUGAAGUCCGUACCCCUCUAGAUGUGUGCUAUCGGAAUCAAUUCACAUGCACGUUGACGUUUGUGUCUGCUGGCGCAACCUCGGUGCUGGGUUUGCACCUUUGGGUUGGGAUGCUGCGCGCCCGCUCCGUCCUGCUGGAGGAGCAGUGACCUUGGGACGGCUGGAGUUCCGGAAGUUGCCGAGGUUUGCCGAUGUUUUUCCGGACGGGUGAGUCACGGCUCCAAGAUGGAGGAGAGCUGGUAGAGGUGGCAGCGCUCGCUCGCGCUCUCGCUCCCUCCGCGCGGUUGGUUGCCAGUUAGGAUUUAAGGAUCGACAUCACCCCUCCCCCCGCCCCGCUCCGCCGGAGGGACUGUAACCGGACAGACCGAGGCCGCCGCCGACAUGAGCUCCGCAGAGGGGGCGGAGGACCCCGCCGGGGACGCCGAUAUCGCCGCGUUUUUCCGAGCUGGUUUUCGUAAAAAUGAUGAGAUGAAGGCAACGGAAGUUCUGCCAAUACUCAAGGAGAAGGUUGCAUUCCUCUCAGGUGGACGAGAUAAGCGUGGAGGUCCCGUCUUGACAUUUCCAGCACGUAGCAACCAUGACAGAAUAAGACAAGAAGAUCUUAGGCGGCUUAUCUCCUAUUUAGCUAAUAUUCCAAGUGAGGAAGUAUGUAAGCGAGGGUUCACUGUGAUAGUAGACAUGCGUGGAUCCAAGUGGGAUUCCAUUAAACCACUGCUGAAGAUUCUACAGGAAUCGUUUCCUGGCUGUAUUCACGUUGCACUGAUCAUCAAGCCAGACAAUUUCUGGCAGAAGCAAAGGACUAACUUUGGCAGUUCUAAAUUCGAAUUUGAGACUAACAUGGUGUCCAUAGAAGGUCUUACCAAAGUUGUUGACCCAUCCCAGCUCACUCCUGAGUUUGAUGGCUGUCUAGAGUACAACCAUGAGGAGUGGAUUGAGAUCCAUGUGGCCUUUGAAGACUUCAUAAGCAAUGCAUCACACAUGUUAUCCAGACUGGAAGAACUGCAGGAGAUGCUAGCCAAAAAAGACUUCCCUCAGGACUUGGAUGGAGCUAGAAAAAUGAUUGAUGAGCAUACACUACUGAAGAAAAAAGUCAUCAAAGCUCCAAUUGAAGAGCUGGACCUAGAAGGGCAAAAAUUGCUACAGAGAAUUCAAAGUAGUGAAAGUUUUCCCCAUAAGAACUCUAUAUCAGGGAAUGCAGAUUUUCAGGGCCUUGUACCAAAAGUGUCCAGUAUGCUGGACAGACUGCACUCAACCAGGCAGCAUCUGCAUCAGAUGUGGCAUAUACGCAAGCUGAAACUGGAUCAGUGCUUCCAGCUUAGGCUGUUUGAACAAGAUGCAGAAAAGAUGUUUGACUGGAUCUCUCACAACAAAGGACUCUUUUUGAACAGCUACACAGAAAUUGGAGCUACUCAUCAACAUGCAAUGGAACUUCAAACACAGCACAAUCACUUUGCAAUGAACUGCAUGAAUGUAUAUGUAAACAUCAAUCGCAUAAUGUCAGUGGCCAAUCGUUUACUGGAAUCGAACCAUUAUGCCUCUCAGCAAAUCAAACAGAUUGCCAGUCAGUUGGAGCUGGAGUGGAAGGCAUUUGCAGCUGCACUGGAUGAACGUAGCACCUUGCUCGACAUGUCUGCUGUCUUUCAUCAGAAGGCAGAACAGUACAUGAGCAAUGUGGAUUCAUGGUGUAAGGCUUGUGGAGAGGUUGAGCUUCCUUCAGAACUACAGGAUCUGGAAGAUUCCAUUCACCAUCACCAAGGUUUAUAUGAACAAAUAACAUUGGCAUACUCUGAGGUGAGUCAAGAUGGGAAAGCUCUGUUAGAUAAACUCCAGCGACCUCUGACUCCUGGCAGUGCAGACUCACUGAUGGCAACAGCCAAUUAUUCAAAAGCUGUUCAUCAUGUCUUGGACAUUAUUCAUGAAGUCCUCCAUCAUCAAAGACAGCUUGAGAACAUCUGGCAGCACCGAAAGGUUCGACUUCACCAGCGACUUCAACUUUGUGUUUUUCAACAGGAUGUGCACCAGGUGUUGGAUUGGAUUGAAAAUCAUGGAGAGGCCUUUCUCAGCAAACACACUGGAGUGGGGAAGUCAUUGCACAGAGCCAGGGCUUUACAGAAACGGCAUGAGGAUUUUGAAGAAGUUGCACAGAACACAUACACCAAUGCAGAUAAACUUCUGGAAGCUGCAGAGCAAUUGGCUCAAACAGGGGAGUGUGAUCCUGAAGAGAUUUAUCAGGCAGCCCAUCAACUGGAAGAUCGGAUCCAGGACUUUGUGAGAAGAGUGGAGCAGAGGAAGAUCCUAUUGGAUAUGUCGGUCUCUUUUCAUACCCAUGUCAAGGAGCUCUGGACAUGGCUGGAGGAUUUACAGAAGGAACUUUUGGAUGAUGUGUAUGCUGAAUCUGUGGAGGCAGUGCAGGAUUUGAUCAAACGCUUUGGUCAGCAGCAACAGACCACUCUUCAAGUGACAGUAAAUGUUAUCAAAGAAGGGGAGGAUUUAAUCCAACAAUUAAGGGAUUCUGCCAUUUCAAGCAACAAGACUCCACACAACAGCUCCAUUAAUCAUAUAGAGAGUGUUCUUCAGCAGCUGGAUGAAGCUCAGGCUCAGAUGGAAGAUCUUUUUCAAGAGCGCAAGAUCAAACUGGACCUCUUCCUUCAACUCCGAGUAUUUGAACGGGAUGCGAUAGAUAUCAUUUCAGAUCUCGAGUCCUGGAAUGAUGAGCUGUCUCAACAAAUGAAUGACUUUGACACUGAGGAUUUGACCCUUGCUGAACAGAGGUUGCAGCAUCAUGCAGAUAAAGCUCUAACCAUGAAUAAUUUAACUUUUGAUGUCAUCCAUCAGGGACAGGAGUUACUUCAGUAUGUGAAUGAAGUACAGGCCUCAGGUGUUGAGUUAACCUGUGACAGAGAUGUUGAUAUGGCAACCCGUGUGCAGGACCUGCUCGAAUUUCUUCAUGAGAAGCAGCAGGAAUUGGACCUCACUGCAGAGCAGCACCGCCGGCACUUGGAACAAUGUGUGCAACUGAGGCAUCUACAGGCUGAGGUCAAACAGGUGCUGGGUUGGAUUCGGAAUGGAGAAUCUAUGCUAAACGCAGGUCUCAUCACUGCCAGCUCACUUCAGGAAGCUGAACAGCUACAGCGUGAGCAUGAACAAUUCCAACAUGCUAUUGAGAAAACUCAUCAAAGUGCACUUCAAGUGCAGCAGAAAGCAGAAGGCAUGCUACAGGCUAAUCACUAUGAUAUGGAAAUGAUUCGGGAAUGUGCAGAGAAGGUGGCUUCCAAUUGGCAACAGCUCAUGCUAAAGAUGGAAGAUCGGUUAAAACUCGUCAAUGCCUCAGUUGCAUUUUAUAAAACAUCGGAGCAGGUCUGCAGUGUUCUGGAGAGUCUGGAACAGGAGUACAAACGAGAAGAGGAUUGGUGUGGAGGUCUUGAUAAGCUUGGUCCAAACUCAGAAUGUGAUCAUGUAACACCCAUGAUCAGUAAACAUCUUGAACAAAAGGAAGCCUUUCUCAAAGCCUGUACUUUAGCAAGGAGGAAUGCUGAUGUUUUCCUGAAGUAUCUCCAUAGAAACAGUGUCAACAUGCCAGGAAUGAUGAGUCACGUCAAAGCACCCGAGCAGCAAGUGAAAAACAUUCUUAAUGAGUUACUACAAAGGGAGAACCGAGUAUUGCAUUUUUGGACCAUGAGAAAGAAGCGACUGGACCAAUGCCAGCAGUACGUGGUCUUUGAGAGGAGUGCUAAACAGGCUCUGGAGUGGAUUCAUGAUACUGGCGAGUUCUAUCUUUCCACCCAUACAUCCACAGGCUCCAGCAUCCCACAUACUCAGGAGCUUUUAAAAGAACAUGAAGAGUUCCAAAUUACUGCAAAGCAAACCAAAGAUCGUGUGAAACUAUUGAUACAGCUGGCUGAUGGCUUUUGUGAAAAAGGACACUCGCACGCUGUGGAAAUCAAAAACUGGGUCACAGCAGUAGAUAAGCGAUAUCGGGAUUUCUCCCUUCGCAUGGAGAAAUAUCGUGUAGCAUUAGAAAAAGCACUUGGAAUUUCAGACUCCAAAGGGAGCAAAGACUUGCAAUUGGACAUCAUCCCAGCAAGUGCUCCUGGUUCAGAGGUGAAACUCCGUGAUGCUGCACAUGAACUUAAUGAAGAAAGACGUAAAUCGGCUCGUCGGAAAGAAUUUAUUAUGGCUGAACUAAUCCAAACUGAGAAAGCUUACGUACGAGAUCUUCGAGAGUGUUUAGAAACAUAUCUCUGGGAAAUGACAAGCGGUGUUGAUGAAAUUCCACCUGGGAUUGUAAAUAAAGAACAUAUAAUAUUUGGUAACAUGCAGGAAAUCUAUGAAUUCCAUAAUAAUUUAUUUCUGAAAGAGCUGGAGAAAUACGAACAGCUGCCAGAAGAUGUAGGACAUUGUUUUGUCACCUGGGCUGACAAGUUCCAAAUGUAUGUAACAUACUGUAGGAACAAACCAGACUCUACACAGCUCAUACUGGAGCAUGCAGGAGCAUACUUUGAUGAAAUACAACAUCGCCAUGGACUGGCCAACUCAAUAUCUUCCUAUCUUAUCAAACCUGUUCAGCGAAUAACUAAAUAUCAGCUACUCUUAAAGGAACUGUUAACAUGUUGUGAAGAAGGAAAGGGAGAAAUUAAAGAUGGCCUGGAGGUGAUGUUGAGUGUGCCAAAGCGAGCCAAUGAUGCCAUGCAUCUCAGCAUGCUAGAAGGCUUUGAUGAGAAUCUGGAAUCCCAGGGAGAGCUGAUCCUGCAAGAAUCCUUCCAAGUGUGGGAUCCUAAAUCAUUAAUCCGCAAAGGCCGAGAGAGACAUCUAUUCCUGUUUGAAAUGUCACUCAUCUUCAGCAAGGAAAUCAAGGAUUCCAAUGGGAGGAGCAAAUAUAUCUACAAACACAAACUGCUUACCUCAGAACUUGGGGUCACAGAACAUGUUGAAGGCGAUCAUUGUAAAUUUGCAUUGUGGGUUGGACGGACUCCGACAUCAGACAACAAAAUUGUUUUAAAGGCAUCCAGCAUUGAAAAUAAACAAGAUUGGAUCAAGCAUAUACGAGAGGUUAUACAAGAAAGGACCAUUCAUCUGAAAGGUGCCCUGAAAGAAGCAAUCCACUUACCCAAACCUACAUCUCACAAACAUAAAGGGAGAAGGGAUGGAGAAGAACUAGACAGUCAGGGAGAUGCAAGCAGUCAACCAGACACAAUCUCCAUUGCAUCACGGACAUCACAAAACACUCUGGACAGUGACAAGAGGAGUGGAAGCUCCUUGAUAUUUAACUUUAGUGCUGUCAGCUCUUCUGCACUAACCAUGCCAAAAUGCAAAAAAAAGAUCCUUGCACUGCAAUCUUUUUGUUCAGUAAACGCUUCUUGUAGUCCCAAAGCCUCCAGCAACUGCAAAUUUUGGAUUCUUGAUUUAGACUCGCUUUCAGUGUCCAGCAAUGAUGCAAGUCCUCCUGCAUCAGUGACUUCACUUCAACCCCAUUCUGUGAGUACAACGCAAAGCUCACCAGGCCCGAAGCGUCCUGGUAAUACUCUACGGAAAUGGCUCACUAGCCCUGUACGCCGUCUAAGCAGUGGAAAAGCAGAUGGUCACGUAAAGAAACUGGCUCACAAACAUAAAAAGAGCAGAGAUGUCCGGAAAAGUGCAGAUGCUGGGGCUCAAAAAGACUCUGACGAGAGUGCUGCUACACCCCAGGAAGAAACUGUGGAUGAGAGGGGACGGAAUGAAGGACUUAGCAGUGGAACACUGUCAAAAUCCUCUUCAUCAGGAAUGCAGAGCUGUGGGGAAGAGGAAGGUGAAGAGGGGGCAGAUGCAGUGCCGCUUCCUCCUCCAAUGGCAAUUCAGCAACACAGUCUUCUCCAACCUGACUCUCAGGAUGAUAAGACAUCAUCUCGUUUGUCAGUCCGCCCUACAAGCUCAGAGACACCCAGCGCAGCAGAGCUUGUUAGUGCUAUUGAAGAACUUGUGAAGAGUAAAAUGGCAUUGGAGGAUCGUCCAACGUCCCUCUCUGUUGAUCAAGCUGACAGCAGCAGUCCGUCUUUCAACCCAUCUGAUAACUCUCUGCUGUGUACUUCUUCCUCCUCUCCCAUUGAUGAAAUGGAAGAAAGAAAAUCUAGUUCAUUAAAGAGGCGUCAUUAUGUCUUACAGGAGUUGGUGGAAACUGAGCGGGAUUAUGUACGAGACUUGGGGUGUGUGGUAGAGGGCUACAUAACAGUGAUGAAAGAAGAUGGCGUCCCUGAUGACAUGAAGGGAAAAGAUAAGAUUGUGUUUGGUAACAUACACCAGAUCUACGACUGGCAUAGAGACUUUUUUCUCGGUGAGCUGGAGAAGUGCCUUGAGGACCCUGAUAAAUUAGCUUCCCUCUUCGUCAAACAUGAGAGAAGAUUGCAUAUGUAUAUAGUUUACUGUCAAAACAAGCCCAAAUCUGAAUACAUUGUAUCUGAAUAUAUUGACACCUAUUUUGAGGACAUAAAACAGCGACUUGGUCAUCGAUUACAACUGACAGACCUGCUAAUAAAACCAGUACAACGGAUAAUGAAAUACCAGCUCCUGCUUAAGGACUUUCUUAAAUACUCAAAAAAGGCUGCUGUUGACACAACAGAACUGGAGAAAGCUGUGGAGGUCAUGUGUGUUGUACCAAAGCGAUGCAACGAUAUGAUGAAUGUUGGACGGCUACAAGGAUUCGAUGGCAAAAUUGUAGCCCAAGGAAGAUUGCUUCUCCAGGACACAUUCUUUGUUGCAGAUCAGGAUGCUGGACUUCUUUCACGCAGUAAAGAGCGGAGAGUCUUCCUUUUUGAACAGAUUGCAAUAUUUAGUGAGCCUUUAGAUAAGAAAAAAGGCUUCUCCAUGCCUGGCUACUUAUUUAAAAACAGUGUCAAGGUGAGUUGCCUUGGCCUGGAAGAGAAUGUGGAGAAUGAUCCAUGUAAAUUUGCACUUACCUCACGAUCAGCUGAAGGCGGUAUAGAAAUCUAUGUUCUGCAAGCAUCAAAUCCUACAGUACGCCAAAUGUGGAUCUAUGAAAUCAACCAAAUUCUGGAAAACCAACGCAACUUUUUAAAUGCUUUGACAUCUCCAAUUGAGUACCAGAGGAACCAUGUUGGCCCUAGUGGACCUAAUAGCUGUAGUGGAAUGAUCAGUACAAGCCGUUCCAGACCAUCUCGGAUCCCCCAACCCAUCCGGCACCAUUCCCCAGUCCUGGUCUCCUCUGGGGCCUCGGCCCAAACAGAGGUAGACAGAUUGACAGGUAUGUCCGCUCGCAACCCUACCCUGACGACACUCAACAGCACCUUAGAUUCUGGCUCCAGUCAAUCUGACAGGCACCUGGAACGAGAAGGCAACGAAAGGGACUUGGAACAGAUUCCUAGGAAAAAAGUCCUUGACAGUCCCAGGAAAACAUUAGGACCACUCAACAACACAGGAGAUGGAAGCCUAAAGGAAUUACGAGGUAGUCUAGAAGAGAACCGGUCACCAAGAGGGAGUGUGGGCACUCUAACAAUAGGAAAGCAACGGCCAGGCACUACAUCACCCUUGAGUUCUCCGCUGUCUACAACCUUCCCUUCCUCUCCCUUCAACAAAGAACCCUUCCCUCCCAGCAGUCCUGUUCUCAAGGGCUCCUUCUGGAGCUCACACCCAGCUUCACCUGCCAGCCGCCCUGGUUCCUUCACCUUUCCAGGGGACAUGGACUCCCUGCAGCGCCAGGUCCACCGCCACUCCACGCACAGCAAGGACACUGAUCGUAUGAGCACGUGCUCCUCGACCAGCGAGCAAUCGGUGCAUUCCACCCAGAGCAACGGGAGUGAAAGUAGCAGCAGCAGUAAUAUCUCCACCAUGCUGGUAACAUAUGAUUACACUGCAGUGAAAGAGGAUGAAAUCAAUGUAUGCCAGGGCGAGGUGGUGCAAAUCCUGGCCAGCAACCAACAGAACAUGUUUUUGGUGUUUCGAGCAGCCACUGACCAAUGCCCUGCAGCUGAGGGAUGGAUUCCUGGCUAUGUACUAGGUCACACAACUAUUAUAAUCCCAGACAACCCUGAAGGAACAUUAAAUAGAAAAUCAACAUCUUGGCACACUGCACUCCGUUUAAGAAAGAAAAAUGAAAAGAAGGAUAAAGAUGGCAAGAAAGAAGGAAAGUUAGAGAAUGGUUUCCGAAAGUCACGAGAAGGAUUACCAAAUAAGGUAUCAGUUAAGCUCUUGAACCCUAAUUAUAUUUAUGAUGUUCCCCCAGAAUUCAUCAACCCACUAACUGAUGUGACCUGUGAGACAGGUGAAACUGUGACACUGAAAUGCAAAGUUUGUGGUCGUCCCAAAGCUACAAUAACAUGGAAGUCCCCAGACCAGAGCAUUUUGACCAAUGAUGGUCACAGCAGCAUUACCUACAGUGAUUCUGGUGAAGCUAGACUUAAAAUACUGAAUGUGACCACUGACGACGAUGGCACUUACACUUGUGUGGCUGUAAAUGAUGUGGGAUCAGCCACCUCUUCUGCAAUGCUGCGAGUUUUAGGACCUGGAAGUGAUGGAGUUAGGGUAAUCUGGAAGGACAACUUUGAUUCGAUUUUUUCCGAAGUAGCAGAAAUUGGCAGAGGAAGGUUCUCUGUGGUUAAAAGAUGUGACCAAAAAGGAACUAAACGAGAAGUGGCUGCGAAAUACAUCAACAAAAAAAUGAUGAAACGAGACCAGGUUAUACAUGAACUUGGAAUUAUGCAGAACCUCCAGCAUCCUCAGCUCAUUAACCUUCUGGAUACCUUUGAAACUCCAUCCAACUAUAUAGUCAUACUAGAAUUAGCAGACCAAGGUCGCCUUCUCAACUACAUAAUAGAAUGGGGGAAUUUGACCGAAGAAAAGGUAACAUCAUAUCUCAGAGAAACUCUGGAAGCUGUGCAGUAUUUACACCACUGCAGAAUAGCUCACCUAGAUAUAAAGCCAGAAAAUGUAUUGGUGGACCACAGCAAAGCCAAACCACUCAUCAAACUUGCUGAUUUUGGGGAUUCCAUGCAGCUAACCACAACAUAUUAUGUUCAUCAAUUGCUAGGAAGCCCUGAAUUUGCAGCUCCAGAAAUUAUUUUAGGAAAUCCUGCCUGUCUUACAUCAGAUACCUGGAGUGUUGGGGUACUUGCCUAUGUCCUUCUUAGUGGUGUGUCUCCUUUUUUGGACGAGAGUGUAGAAGAAACAUGUUUGAACAUUUGCCGAUUGGACUUCAGCUUCCCUGAUGACUACUUCACAGGGGUCAGUCAAGCUGCCAAAGAUUUUGUUUGCUUCUUACUUCAGGGAGAUUCAAGCAAACGUCCCUCGGCUGCAAUGUGCCUUUUGGAUCCUUGGCUGCAGCCAGGCAUCAACAGAGACACUGAAACUCUAAACACGUCGAGAUUGACUUCAUUCGUUGAACGGCGCAAACACCAGAAUGAUGUUCGGCCGGUUGGUAGUAUAAAGAAUUUCUUACAAAGUAGACUCUUGUCAAGAGUGUGAACCUCACUUGGAGAUUAAUUUACUCAUUCUCUUUCAUCUGCCAGUCAGGUUGGAGACACUGUCUUCAGCCAUUCAACUGCUGACUUGAAAUAAAACUGACAGCAAAUCAGCUGCUUUAAGUGUCAUUGUGUGGAAUUGAAUGCCAAGGAACUUUGUACAAACAGUACUUGGGAUUCAUUGCCACCCAUGCAAUGCAAAGUUGGUGGGGAGAACUGCACAACCAGCUGGAUUCUCAUUACUUUGACAGUAUUUUGUUUUUGAUCACAGGAGAACAAUUUUCACAUAUUGCCUGGGAAACUUUAGAGAAGAAUCAUUGUUGUUAUUGUAUUUAAUUAAACUCGCUGGACUUUGAAACAUUUAAUUAUGUGAUUAAAAAUUAGCCAACAAAGAACAAAGUUUUUUUGUUAAAAUUCUUUCCUCCUUGAUUGAUUUUAAUCAAGACAGUCACUGAAAAUGAUCUCCAGUGAAAUGUCUGAUUUUUACUGGUCAUAAAGCUUUUCAGUUGCCUCACUGUUGUAUUUAAAUUAUAAUCCCUUGCAUUUAGCCAGAUGUGGCUCAAGUUUUUACUGCUACAAGUCGAACCAUGGACCUUUUGCAUCUAAUAGAAACAAAUGUAUUGCUCUAAUUAUAUAUAAGCCUUACUUGUAUAAAGACCGUUAUCUGCCUUCAGUCUGUACUUUUAACGCUGGUAUGCCAUUCUGGAUUUUUUUUCCCCAAACUCCCCCAAGUGAAGAGGCAAAUGCUGUUUCAUUUAUGGAGGGUUUUUGGAGUUUCACCUGCCAAUCUGAUUGCAGAGCAGUUAAGGAGGAAUACGUACUGUAAAUGCACUCAUUGUAUUUUAUGUUUUACUUCAUAUCAUGUGCAAUGUUGUGGCUUUAACAUUUUAUGCAACUCUAUUUAUGAAGACUUCUGUUGUAUCUGUAAUAAAUAUUAAAAAAUAAGCAUGUACUCUGUACUGCAAACUACACAGUUGUUUGACUUCUUUAUCACACUGACCUUUUGAAAAAGGAUUUGACUACUAGGAACUGCAUCCCAAGCCAGUCAUUGUGGGAUAUACCCCAAGAAUGAACCAAACCUGAUAUUUUUUAGCUAUGCAGUAUGUUUAUAUCAAGCAUAAACUAGUACUGUAGGGUCUUGAAAAACAAACCUGUAAGAGAAGGAAAAUGGGAACUCAAAACUGGAUGUAUUGUCACGUCAAACUCUCAUUUUUUUAAUGUAAUGCCUGUUAGUCUCUCUUUUAAGUUUGAAAUCUGUUUGUGCAUGUAUAUUUCUUUUGUACAGCAUCCAUUGUGUUUCUCUAAAUAUGUGCUGUAAAUAUAUUUUUUCUGUUUAUUAAAAUUAAACUAAUGCAACACAGAUUUUAUUUUAGUGCAUCAGUGUGUCUGCUCCUUGUAGUUCAAUAAAAUGAAGGCUGUGAUUAAAUAUUGGAAA